AUGCCCACGCAGCUGGAGGUGGCCAUGGACACCAUGAUCCAAAUCUUCCACCGCUAUUCCUGCCGGGAAGGGGACAGGUUCAAGCUCAGCAAGGGGGAACUGAAGCUGCUGCUACAGCGGGAGCUCACUGAGUUCCUGUCGUGCCAGAAGGACCCCCAGCUGGUAGAUAAGAUCAUGCAUGACCUGGAUGCCAACAAGGACAACGAAGUGGACUUCAACGAAUUUGUGGUCAUGGUGGCCGCCCUGACCGUGGCUUGUAACGAUUACUUUGUGGAGCAGCUGAAGAAGAACCGCAAGUGA